UUAAGGGCUGGGGGAUUCAGUCGCAUGUUUUAAUAAUGUGAUACGAUGCCUCAGAUGGGCCAUUGUGGUGUCUUUGAUGGAGGAUGUGGUUGUGGAAGCUGCUCAGUGGUUUUUGGCAUGGAGCCCGUCAGAAGCUCGUGAUGAGGCGUGUGCGGGUUUGGGAGGUCUAGUGUGUUUGUCGUGACUAUUUCUGAACAGUUAUCAUUAGUGCUUCACUGUGAUAUAACUGUAUGGAUUUAGAUUUUUAGUGAAACAUAACAUAAUAAUGGUAGGACUGGUCAUUUCAUUUUUAAUCAUGAUUUAAAUAAAAUGCAAAAAAAAAUGUAUAUAUAAAAAAUUCAGUUAAGUCUCAUUGAAUUUGCCACGUUACUACAAAUGCACAUAAACCAAAAUUUCCAGUUUGAACAAAACAAAACAAAACAAAACAAAAACAGCGUUCCGCCACAUCAAAGUGAAAUAAAAAAAAAAAAUAAAGAAUAAAAAAAAUUGAAAAUGUAAAAGCACUUAAUUAUGUACCUGUUAGUUAUUUUUUCCACAUAUGUGUUUCCUUUUGUGUUGGUGAAAGGUAUUAUUAUUGCAAAAAGAUUAAAAGAAAAGAAAAGAAAAAGUGAACAAUUAUUGGAGAAAAUAUUAUGUCUUUAUAAAAGAAAUGUUUAUUUGUACAGUGUAUUGAAAUAAUUGAAUUAAAAGACAUAAAGUGUAAAAAACUAAAUAAAAAAAUCAUAAUAAUAAUCAAAAACAACAAUAACAUUAAUAGUAUAAAAUAAUAAGAAUUAAUAUUGUGACUAUAAUUGUCAUUGUUGUUGUUAAUACUAAGAUAUAUUAAUUAUUUUUAUUAAUAAUUUUGACAGCUGGCAUAAAUGUUGCUUCAUUUAAUAUAUUGUCAAGCUAUUGCUAAAACAUUGACAAAAAAACCCUCAACAUUUCCUAAAUUAAAGAAAAACAUUUAUUAAAACCACAUCAAAAUCAAAUAAAUUGUUCAGUUCAAGAGAUUCAAGGGUUAGUGCUCAGGCCUAAUGCAAAAAAAAAAAAAAAAGAAAGAAAUGACAAUCAUACUAUCAUACAGCAUGCUUGAUCUAAUGCUUAAAUUUUGUAUUAAAUUUAUGUUUUUUAAGUUAACAUUUUCUAACUGUAAAAUACACUACAGAUUUAUAUUAUGCAAGUGGUGUGUUAUAAAGCAAAAUGGCAGGGUUUAUCAAACAAAUGACCAUUGGGUCCCAUCAUCCAAUCAGAUUUAAUCCGUGUUUCCACUUCUUAUUAUCUCAGUAGACAUCGUCAUUACAGCUCAAUGAUCACCAGGGUAUGUGUAUUUGGUACAAAGGGACUCUGCUGCUGCACGCAACCACCAAAUGAUAUGGGAUGUGCGUCAUAAAACACUGUACAUAUUGACUACGCAUUACUUCAAAAGCUCAUCCGAAGAUUUUAGCGCAAAUUAAUCUUAAUAUUUGGUUAGCGUUUCCCCUCUGAGGCUUUUUAGGUAUUUAAUCAUAAAUCAAAAUAACAUCCAGAGCUCCGGAUUUGACUCUUGAGAGGCACUUAAAACUAGGAAUCCAUUAACUCUAUUCAGCAUCAGUCGCACCAUCCAUUUUAAUACACUCCAACUGCAACCAUUUAUCAGCAUGUUGCUAUUGCAAGGGAUUUAAUCAAGUUUAUGAAAUAAAUCACACAGAGUAUUACACCUCCACGACCUGCAGUAGAAAUGGAUAUGUGAUCAGGAGUAAUAUCAUUGCUUUUUAUGCUGUCUGGUUACAAAGUGCACAGCUUAAUUGAUGUCAAGCAUUAUGGUUGAAUCCAGAGCACACAGAAUUAUAUUUGCUUAGUAAAGUCUCCAUAAGAAGAGAUUUCAUGCAAGUCUUGAUCUAAACUCCUAGUGGAAAGAUACUUACCGCAUUGUCUCGCUUCAUCAGUGGAGCAAAAAGCAUUUAUGCAUUACCCAGAAUGCUCAGCAGGGUUUGGAUUAAUGGUUUAUGGUCUGCAAAUUGACAUUUCGUGAAUGAUGGUGAGUUCUGUUGGAAAAUUUUCCCCUUUUUUCCUGACUGUUUAGAGCCAGAUCGUAUGAAUAUCAAGUUCUUUUAGAAAUUUCAAGAGUUUUAGUAGUUGAGUGGUGUCUGUUAUAAUAAGGACACAUGAUUUGGGACCAUCUGCUGCAGACAGGACCUCAGGUGGAUUGCAUGUUUGUGACACUGUGUGAAAUGCUGCUUUCACGUGACGUAUGAACAUAUUCCCAUUCCUGUUGCUUGAGGGACUUGAUAUUCAGUCCUGCUGCAAUUAUUCCGAUUUUUUGUGCCAAUCUGUUUUCCCACUUAGAUGUUGAAACAGCGUGAGCACAUGCUGUAAUAUUGCUAUUCCUUUUUGCAAGUAGGCCUAGUUGUAUUACGCUGUGAGUUAUGACAGGAAUAUUUUUGUACUCUCAUUAACAUGUGGAUAUUGUGAUGAAUUGAGUGAUGUUUUUGCUUGAUUUUUUUGGACGUCAUUAACAGUAUUUUAGGAUGUGAUGCUGCAUACUGGCAUUAAAUUCAGUGAGACUUCAGCUCCCAUAAUCACCAUGAGGACACGGAUGAUUUAAUCAUUAAAUGUGGAAGCAGAAUCCCACCUGUCAUCUACUUCAUCUGCAGACUGAGCUUGCUGACAACUGCUAAUGCAAAGCGAAGAGUAUAAGACAUGUCACUUGACAUAAACCAGCUGCCCAAUGUAAAAUCUGGGUCCUGAAACAAAACCAAUUGAGAACUGCUGUACUACUCAAGUCUGCCAUAAGGUCCAGGAGCACAUCGUCAGAAUGGACCGGUGACAGAUGAUGUCGAGGCUCAGAGGAGGCAAAUGAUGGACCAGCAUCAGAUGCAGAUGGAAAGGGAACGACGAACAUCUGGCUCUGCAGUCUCCACCCUUCAGUUUAAAGUAUCAGCAUCCGCCUCUCAGUCCGAAACCACUCUGCAUGACCUCAGACAGUAUCGGGCUAACACUCUUCCCCCUUCCUAUGCUCACCUUAACCCCGCGCAACCCUCCUCCCACGCCUCCUCUUCCUCCCAGGAACGAGAGAGUGGCUACCGCACUGUGGACUCCCCUCAAAAAAAGGCACAGCAGCUUUCCCAGCUUUCCACCUCUCUGGCUUCUGCUUUCUCCCCCGUGCAGCCGGGUGUCACCCCUCCACCUCGCAACAUCAAGCAAAUCCCUCUUUCCCCUCCAACGGCCCACCAGGACCCCAAACAUGCCACAUGGUCCUCCACCCACAUGUACGCACCAUUACCUACAGCAUCGCCACCCGUCAUAAUGGCAGUGCCAGUCAAACAACCUGCCCUGCCUGUUGCCCUCCCCUUGCCACCCCUAAACAACGGCCCAAACUGUGGCCCCAAAGCUCCCGCUAACAUGUCCCACUUGGAGCCUGUAACACACCACCAACAGUCGUUCAGUGGCCUGGUAGAGGAGUAUUGCCCGUACCAAAACCCUCCUAUGCAGGUCUCCUCUGGAGCUCCGUUGCACCCACAUUAUCCCAUACAAGAAUCCUCUUGCCCCCUGCCCCUUCUCAUUGGCCAGCCCAUCCAAGGCCCCGCCCUCCACCAGCAGCAGCUAUACCCGGCCACGCCCCAAUUCAACACCACACCCACCUCUCACUCUGCUCUGUGUGAGGGGGCAACGCCCAAGACGUCUCCCUCGCCUGUUUAUCAGAACGCAACAGCAUCCAGCACAGGUCCUCCCAUUCCACCGGUUCACCCCUCCAUGCUCUCAUCCACCCCUCCUGUUCACCCCCCUACCUCAGCAUCCAUGGCGGGUCCACCGGCCCCUCCGCCCCCUCCUGGGCCUCCCCCACCCGGGCCACCACCACCCGGGCCGCCACCACCCGCCACAGGACCCCCUCCUACCCCACCUCCACUGCCGGCUGGUGGAGGUUCUGCUCCAUCAGGUCUGGCUGCAGCUCUAGCUGGUGCCAAGCUGCGAAAAGUGCAGCGGCCAGAGGAAAGCAGUAGCAAGAAUGAUGCCAAUCGCUCCAGUGGAGGCAGUGGAGGUAGUGGAGGUGGUGGAGAGGGUCUCAUGCAGGAGAUGAAUGCCCUUUUAGCACGGAGGAGGAAGGCCUCCGAAAAACCAGAAGACAGUCAAAAUGAGGAGUCUAAUGGAUCCCCUUCAUCUUCUCGUGGACAAAAUUCAGAUCCUGUGAAGAAGCCAUGGGAACGAGCCAACUCUACAGAUAAGUCUUCAGCUGUGUCAAGGGCAAAACCAAUCGGAAGCACCAGUGAUGCAGAGUCAUUUGACUUUGACAGAAUGAAACAGGAGAUCUUGGAGGAGGUUGUCCGGGAAUUGCAGAAAGUUAAAGAAGAAAUCAUUGAUGCCAUUAGAAGGGAACUGCUGAGAAUUGGCUCCACAUAGUCUUAAGAAAGGUCAACGACGACGACUGAUAAGGACUGAAGGUUCGGGAAAGUACAUGAAAGCGCACGUGAAAACGUUCUCGCAGCAUAUCUGCAACGGUAUGGAUAAUUCAGUUGCAGAAAUGUUGUGCAGAUACAAGGCAAAGCUGAGGAAAGGAAGGAAGGAAUUGGAUUGAAUGAAUGAUGAUUGUGUGUAUGGAUGAGUGAAUGAACGAGCAGAUGGAAAUAUAGACCUUCACACUGAAUUUUCUAUUUCCUCCAGUAUGAACGUUGAGACAGUCCACUGUGCAGCUUGCUGCUCUCGCUCUUUCAAGUCUUAAAGUCAACAAGUUGGAAAUUAAUGAAGAUAUUUUUGUUUUCUAAGUUUAUAUUGUUUCAUUGGUCAUUGUUAUUAUUAUUAUUGUUAAAAAUUGUAUUAUAUUAAAUGAGAGAUACAAAGUUGCACGACAGUUAUUGUCAGCCUUUUAUAUUUUAUAUUACUGCUCUUACUCUUUGGUUUUAAUAAGUACGAACUGCACACAUUUGUGCUAAACUGUCAGCAAACUACUAUAGUUGUAACAGUUUGAGAUUUUUUCUUUUUGUUUUUUUGGCCAAUGCAGAAGUUCAGUAGAACUGUUUUAAAUUGAUUUGGAGGUAUGAGGUUAAAUAUAGACGCUCUUUUAAUGAGCUCAAGAGAUGGACAUGGAAAUAUAUACGUAUAUAUACACACACAACGUGAGAUGAAUUAUUGAAAGUGGCUUAAAGUAUUGGGUGAAUUGUUUGAACGUACAAUGUAUUCUGGUUUAAUUAGGUUGAUCCUGAUUUUAAAAGUUGAGGUUGAUUUCACAGAAAUUACAAUUAAAUUAAACAUGUUGAGAGUGUGAGAUUGGUGGAAUUAAAAGAAUU